AUGGAUGGCCCUCUGCGGCUGCGGCUGGAUAUCGUUGGAAUUUGGGGUGUGUCAGCAGCGCAGACGCUGUACGUGAAGUUCCUCUGGAGGGGGGAUAAGCAGAAAAGUCCUCCGCUGCGCCCGUCCCCGCACCUGCAACCGCAGCAGCACCACCAACCGCAGGCGGAGUUCCUGUUGCCCUAUGAUGCUGCUACUGAUGGCAGUCGGCUUGUGCUGCGCCUGUGGAGAAGCAGCUUGUUGAAGAAGAAAGAAAACCCUCAAGAACUAACGGUCCCUUUACAAGCACUCGGUGCUGCUGCUUCGCUGCAGCUGCGACUGCAGCUGCGCCGCUUCGAUGUGGCAGCACACCAGCAGCAGCUGCAGCAGCAGCUGCAGCAACAACAGCAGAUUCAGUGGCAACGGCAGGAACAGCAGAGACAUGAGCAACAACUAGCGCUCCAAGACAUGCAGCAGCAGCAGCAUGGUGGGUACCCCUUCGUGACGCAACACAUGCAGCAGCAAAUGGUGCAGCAGCAGCACCCACAACCGUACUGCCCUCAGCAGCACCCACAACCGUACUGUCCUCAGCAGCAGCAGCAGCCCUACUAUCCCCAACAACAGCAGCACUGCGCGUACCUACCGCCUCAGCCUGUAAUGCAGCAACACCAGCCCUAUUACAUGCAGCAGCAACAGCCGUACUACGCGCCGCCGCAGCAGCAACCCCAGUACGUGCAGCAACAGUCCACAUAUGUACCACCUUCGCAGUAUCAGCAGCAGCAACAGCCGCAGCAGCCACAGCAGCCGCGCGGAACAGACCAUCAAUUGCCACAGCUAUUAUUGCACGAGCAGUACUAUGUUGAAGGGCAGCAGCAGCAGGUCUCCAGUAGCAGCAACAACAACAAUUGGAAUGCAGCUUCACAGGUGGAGGCAGAUGUGGCGUACAUCCGUUCGGUUCUGUCGAGUGCUACGGAGGAACAGAUAAAGGACGCCUUAACUCAGAGCAAUGGAGACCGAGAGAAGGCUGUAGAUUUGCUGCUGCGGCAGGCAGUUGAUGCGGCUGCAGCAAGUCACCCGCUGGAAGUGCAGCAACAGCAACAGGAGGCUGCGUCAGGGGCAGCAGCAGCAGCAGCAGCAUCCCCUGCUGCUGCUGCGCCUCCUUAUACAGCUGCCAUUCCGCCGCCUCAGCUGCAUGCGUUCCCAUAUCCUCAAGGAGAGCCCAUGGGCCCUCUGCCUCCACAGCAGCAACAGCACCAUCAGCAGCAAGAGCACCAGCAGGCACUGCUGCCAGCUUCUGCCUUGCACCAGCCUUCGUACUUUCCCCCCCAUCCGGGCCGACGAAAAGCGUUGCUGAUCGGCAUUAAUUAUUUUGGAACGGAGGCGGAGCUGAGGGGAUGUGUAAAUGAUGCAAAGCGCAUGCAACAGCUGCUGCGGGGCCUGUACGGCUUCGGAAGCGGCCCUACAGAGAUGGUGUUGAUGACUGAUGAAGCGACAGACCCCCUCUACAGACCGACAAAACAAAACAUGCUCGCUGCGAUGCAGUGGCUAACGGCUGGGUGUCAGCCUGGAGACAGUUUAUUUUUCCAUUUUUCCGGCCAUGGAUCCCAGCAGGCAGAUUCCACAGGUCUAGAAGCAGAUGGCUUCGAUGAAACGAUUUUGCCUCUGGAUUUUCGGCAUGCAGGAGAAAUCGUUGAUGAUGAGCUGCAUGCGCUGCUCGUACAGCCGCUACCUUCUGCCUGCCGUCUGACUGCUGUCAUCGACGCGUGCCACUCGGGCUCUUGCUUGGAUUUGCCUUUUAUUUGGCGUCAGCAAAGCUGCUGCUGGGAAGAAGAAACAAACCCAUUCUACGUACUCGGGGACGCCCAACUCUUUAGCAGCUGCACCGACAGCCAGACUGCAGCAGACCUUCGCGGUGAUGGGCUGCACACAGCAGCAGGAGGCGCCAUGACUACUGCCUUCGUCUCUGUGCUAACACAGAUGCCUUUCUCUCACUCGUACCCGUCUCUCAUGGAGGCUCUGACAGCGAGUAUGAAGCAAAGGGGUCUCUCACAGCGGCCUCAGCUGUCUUCGUCUCAGCGAUUUGAAUUCAACAGACCCUUCAGUCUGACGACCCCAAUUCCAAACAGCAACAAGUACUUGGGCAGGCGGGUGCGGAAGGUGCGGAGGCCUGAAGCCAGCAGGCAGUCCGGUGCUGCUGCUGCUGCUGCUGGCGGAGUGCUGGCAGCUACAGGGGGCAUAGCAGCGGGGCUACUGCUAGCUGAGCUGCUGGACCGCAAAUGA